CACACACAUCCAAAGAAGGCACUCCUCUCUAUCCGUAUAUAAUUAUAUAUAUAUAUAUAUAUGAUUUCAUCCGUCAGUCGAAUCAUUCGAAGGUGAAAAAGAAAGCCCAAUGGAGAGAUCGCCGUCUUCCGUCCCCGAACAGCGCCUCUUCGUGGAUUUUGUUCCUUUAGAUCGAGUGGUUUCAUCAAAUGAAGCAGAGUUCUUUGUUGUUGAACUCCCAGGUUUUAGGAAGGAGCAUAUCAGUAUCCGCAUCAACGACUUCGGCAACCUGAAGAUCACCGGAGAACGCCCACUGGUCGGAAACCGAUGGAGCCGCUUCGUCAAGGAGUUCCAAGUGCCGGAUCACUGUAACGCCAGUGAGAUCAAGGCCGCGCUUGAGAACGGCCUCCUCCGGAUCGAACUUCCGAAAUUUGGCACCCAAGGUGACACCGCAAGACCGGAAGCUUCGCCGGAGACUAGAGAUGAUGGCCGGGAAAGUGGUCUGCGACAGAGGACCAAGUCGAGAACGACGGAGCCCGUUGGCAGCAUCGGUCAGCCAUUAAUGGAAGAAAAGAAGAAGACAGAAGAGAAGCGCGAAGAAAUGGCAGAAACGGGAAAGAAAUUGCAAUGUGAAUUCCGCAGCCGCAGCAGGAUGACGAUCAUUGGAAUUCUGGUCAUCGCGGCCUUGGUGGGAACAGGAAUCUAUGUGUGUAUUAUAAACCGAUCGAGAGAAUGAAAAAUUAAAUUUAAAUUACUUGUAUCGAAUGCAAUUUGAUUGAACAGAAAGGACAUCGAGAAUAAGAAGGUAAUUGUGUUCUUGUUAAAUUUACGAGACCUAA